AUGUUGAACACCUGUCCACCGCUUAUCGUAGAUACGAGCCGCACAGCCGCAUUGGCCUCCGGGCCUGCAGUCGCUGGCAUUGAGCGCACGCUGAUGAAGGCGAGCUUUCUGGUAAAAGGAUCGACACCGGAUGCGCGUGCAGCCAAGAUGUACGGCAAGUACUGCAAGUCAAGAUCACUGGAUCCAUUGGGCAAGGUCGUUGCGCUCCCGUUUGAUGGGUCCUUUGCAUAUCCCGUGGACACCGUGACGGACACGAGGGAAAGCUGCGGCACGCUUGAAGAUAUCGAAGAUCUCGCGCAGCUGAUUGGAUCCCUGAUGGAUCCGAGUUCGCUGACUCCUUCAUCACAGCCGCCGGAGGAAAGGAUUUGGCUCAUCACACUGACGGACAUGUCCAAAGAUGGCUGGGUUCCGCUGGAGGCAUUCCUCUACUUGCCGGAAGUGAACGAUUUCUUCGAAAGCAGAGGCAUCGUCGGCCAGAGCUGCUUCGCCUGCCUCGUCGCUGCCGCAUGCAGAUCAAGUCGUCUACGUCUUGACAUGCAUUGCGACGAACCUCGCGUGCGCCUGGAUGGGAAGCGCAAAGAACCGUCCCAGGCCCAGGUGGAACGCCGCGAGCUCAACUCCUUCGAGCCAUAUCAGCUCGUGGGCGGUCGAGUCCUUGCUGUGGCUUCGACGGGAAAGAGCCAGGAUUGUCUACUGGUGGACAUCGGCGCAUCCAUCCCUUGUUCCAUCCAUGUCCACAACGCCGAUGACUUCUCGCCUGGAGUGUGGCUUCAGGACUUAAUCCUGGAAGAAGUUCAGUGCGGCGAGACGCCGGUCCUCUUCGGUCGGCACCUCCCGCCUUUCCCUUGGAGGCUUCCUCUUCCAGGUGAAUCGAUGGAUGGCGUUGUGAGGAAGAUCGAGGAGCAGGCUGCGAUUGUCGAUGUUGGCAAAGUCCUCCAGCAGGCGAUUGUGCCUCGACGAUUCUGGCGACGCCAACUGAAGGUCGGUGACCAACUCUCUCUUCGAGUGCUUGGACUCCAUGGUCGAGACGUGACCCUCCGCGAAGUGCACCCGGAG